AUGGGCAAAAUAAUCAACGUAUAUGACCUACCCCGCCUUCAUCAACAGUUGGCCGAAGUUGUCCCAUCAGAAUGUAGGGAAGUGGCUGAAGAAAUGUCCGUCCAAAUACCGAAAGAAGAUUUUGAAGCACAAUCAAGUCUAAAUCCUGAACAAGAGCAAGCUUUCAAAAUAAUAUUGCAGGCGAUGGAUUGUGGAAGGGAUGGAUUAUUCUUUGUCGAUGGACCUAAAGGAACUGGAAAAACAUUCUUGUAUCAUGCAUUGCUGGCCAACGUUAGAUCAAGACGUAUGAUUGCCUUGGCAACAGCAACCAGUGGCGUAGCAGCUUCAAUUUUACCGGGAGGACGUACAGCUCACUCGAGGUUUGAGAUUCCCCGUCAAACAAAUGAAUCGUCCAUGACAAAUAUGUCAAAACAAAGUGGUGCUUCCAAAUUGAUUAGAAAAGCAAAACUACUUAUAUGGGAUGAAGCGCCAAUGGCCAAGUGGAAAAUAAUAGAAACUGCUGACAGGAGCUUUAGAGAUAUAAUGGACAUUGAUAAGCCUUUUGGCGGGAAAGUUAUGGUUUUUGGAGGAGAUUUCCGUCAGGUAUUACCUAGUGUCCCAAAAUCUGCAAGAGCAGAAACUGUUAACGCAAGCUUAGUGAAAUCAUAUCUCUGGCCUUUGAUGGAAAAGAUCCAGUUUACCAGAAAUAUGAGAGCAAGAACUGAUCCAACAUUUAGUGAGUUCUUACUUUUUGUCCGUAACGGAGAAGAGCCAACAAUAAGAGACAAUUUGAUCCGCCUCCCAGAACAAUUGACUGUCAAGUGUGGUAGUGAUGGAAUCGCUGAAGAAAGCUUAAUAGACAAAAUAUUCCCAUUGCUGCAAGAAAAUGCAAGCGCUGCAAAAUAUGUAACAGAGCGGGCUUUCCUAGCAAGCAGAAAUGAGCAUGUUGAUAAACUAAAUGAGAAGUUAAUAACCAUGUUCCCAGGUGAAAGGAAAACAUUCAUUAGUUUUGCCUCUGCAGAAGAUGACACCAACAACUAUUAUCAAGAAGAAUAUCUAAAUACUUUAACACCAAAUGGUCUCCCACCACAUAGGUAUUCAGACAAAUAG